AUAGGGAUGGAAUAAUGCGUACCCAUUGAGGGAAGAAGGAAGCACAGUCAAUGAGUCAAGAGAGAGAAAAGGGAAAGAGAGAAGAGAAGAGGUUGUCUCAGCCUCAGACACAGACACAGACAGAAAUAGAAGGAACCCUUAACCUUACAUCGGAUUUCGAUUUCCCUAUUUUCCUUCCCUGUCUUUCUUUUUUUCACGCCAUUCCCGCCAUCUCUUCUCACACAACCCGCAAUCGAUUCCAAUUCUCUUUGAUUCAUCCUCAACAAUUCCCUUACAAUAAUUCAAUUUCUCUGUUCCUUCAGAAAUUUAUAACGAGUAAUCAAUCUCACUCUUUCUGGUGAUUUCAUUUCAGCUGUUCUUACCUCACCCUAAAUAAAUUCUACUUUGCAAUUAUCUAUUCACAUUCUUCGUUCAAAUUCAACCGCUUGAAGUUUUGAACAAUGGACGAGUUUGGUGUGUUGACCGAAAGGUUUGGGUUGAAACCGCAAGGAAAAUCGGCUCCAAUGGCGUCAUCAAAGCGACCCACAAAUGUCGGUGAUUCUUCUCGCACAGCAACAUUUGGGACCAAUUCGGGUCUAAACCCCAAAUCUUCACAAAACGGAUCCAGAUCUCAUCAAAAUUCCACUUUUGAUUUUGAUUACGGUUCUUCCCUCGAUGAUCUCAACAGUGUUCUCAGCAGCAGCAAUAAGAAAACACAACAUUCUUGGGGUCCUGACGAUGGCAUUGAUGAUAUAUUUGGUGGAAACGCCAAAUCGAAUGUCGCCAAUGACGUUUUGUUUGACUAUGAUUCGAUAUUUGCGGGAUCGAAUAAAUCGGUUUCCACGUCUUCAUCGUCGCCUGUUUAUGUGGAUGACAUAUUCGGUGGAAUGCCUGAGCAGAAUGAUCCACUAGAUAAGAUUGGUGGACUACAUGCAAAUGCUAAAAGUUCGAAUGAGAAAGCACCUGAUUUUGAUGACUUGAUACCUGGGUUUGGUGGAAGCAGUGUUUCAAAUAAUGGUAAAGCAAGUAAUGGGAUGAAUAACCUUCGUGAACCAACUGUACCUUCAAACAAAACUACUGUCAUGUCUCACACUGAUCCAUUUUUAGUAUUUGAAACUGCUUCAAGCACAGCUUCUUCAGAAUCAUUCCUGGACUCACUGGAACAGAUAAGUAAGUUAAACAAUUCUAAAGGUACAAGAGGCAGCUCCAGUACCUCCCCAUCAUUGAGGUCUCCACCUAAGCCAACGGAUGUUUCAAACUCAGUUAACAACUCAAGUAUGUCAUCGAUAGAUGAGCUCGAGGACUUUGCCAUGGGCCGGGUGCAGAAUAAUGCUAGUAGAAAGGCCAAUGUUAAUACUGAUGAGAUUAAACAAAACUCAGUGGCUAAGACAAACAAUGGCAAAAGGGAUCCAGCUGCAAGAAUGAAUCAAUUAAAUAACACAGAUUAUCUUGAAUCCUUUUUCAGCACGGGUUCUCGAUCAAGCAGUGUACCAAAGUCAAGGACUGCAACUAUGGAUCAUACGUUUGAUCACCAAAUGAACAACAAAGGGAAACCUGAGGUGUCACAAAGGGUGCCAUCUGGAUUUUCAUCCAGUGUGAAGAAACCUUCUGUGAUGACAUCUCUUGAUGACCUCUCAUUGAUUUUUGGGGCUUCCCCAUCAUCUGAAUUCGAGGAAGUUGAAGGAGAAACUGAAGAAAGACGAAACGCAAGAUUGGGACGUCAUCAGAGAACCCAAGAGCGAGCGUUAAAAGCAGUGGCUGAUAUGAACCAGCGUGACCUUCAAACUAAGAUGGAGCAAGAAGAGAGGCGUAGAAUUGCUGAUACUGCUGAUGUUCAGAUAAAGCGAUGGGCUGCAGGGAAAGAAGGCAAUAUGCGGGCAUUGCUAUCAACCUUACAAUAUGUUCUUUGGCCAGAAUGUGGUUGGGAGCCGAUCUCUUUGACAGAUAUGAUUACUUCCUCUUCAGUUAAAAAGGUUUAUAGAAAAGCAACGUUAUGCAUUCACCCAGAUAAAGUCCAACAGAAAGGUGCUAAUCUCGAACAGAAAUAUACUGCAGAGAAGGUUUUUGACAUCCUUAAGGAAGCUUGGAACAAAUUCAAUGCAGAAGAGCUUUCUUAGAUCCCUUCUCCUAAAGGGUAGUUGAAGAUAACACUGCAUAAAUAUUAUGUGGCAUCAUUUGGCAGAAGAUUCUUUUUCAUAAUGAUGUUGAACGCUCUACCGUAAGUAAUCAUGUAUUGUAAGUAAUGUUGAUUCAGGUCAAUGUACAAAUUUAAAAUGCUCCUUAACAGUUUAGAUAUGCCUACCUAAAAUUCAGUCAGCCCACUCAAAUUGUGAUGACAAGGGCUUAUCUUAUAUUUAGAUUAUUAGAUGUGCACAGUUGCAUAAUAAUAUAUUUUGUGGGGAUGGGGAUUGUUCAAGUAUAUACUGGUGUAACUAGGCUUUUGUGCGAAUAGAAAUUUUUCGAUUGAUUUUUUAUCUG